AUGUUGAGUAUGCGUAGACUCUUCUCUGGACAUCCAUUCUCCAUUUUUUGCGCGAUCAACAUCAUACUUGCCACACCAAAACAAUUCAUAUACGAAUUUACAGGAACUGAUUGCAUAGCUCCACAAUUUUACUUCGGACCAUGUGAUACAAAACUCCAUUUUGAUGGUAUGUCGCUCGAGGAAAAAUCUGAAGUUAGCAAAAAAUGUGAACUUGAGUGGAACACUGUCGAUUUUAGCAUGGAUAGUUUAAUGGAUUGGAACGCAACAUGUCCACUCGGAUACGAUGAGGUUAAUGGAGAAUGUGUGAUUAAAAAAGGCUACAAUGGCAUGUGUCCAUUCAACAUGACCUUUAAAAACAAGUCUGAGAAAAUGGAAAUGGCAAAGAAAUGUAACUUGUGGUGGCCUCUAAAGGUUAAUAAUCAAGAACAUUUAAAGGCAAAAUGUCCGUUUGGCUGGGAAUUCGAUGUAAAUACUAAUUUAUGUCUUGCACCUCCGAGCUACGAUGGACCUUGUCAAUUGCGUAUAGAUUUUUCUGGAUAUUCUGAAUUCGCCAAGGGCAUCUGGUCCGUGAUUUGCGGUGCAGAUUUCCUUAUCUUGGAUGAGGAAAAGGAGCCAAAAGAAACCCAAAAGUACUCCGAUGUAAUGUAUGCUGAUGGACCAAUUGAACCACAAUUCAAGAUUGUCAAAAAACGCAAAGCGAGCUUAGAUAAUCCAUCUGUAUCUCUAAUGAACAAGCAAUUAAGUGCGUUAUUAAAAUUGAGGAAUAAAAAGAAUGACGAACAUUUUACAAGCACACUAGAGUACUCCAUAAAGAAACUAGAGGGGAAAAUACGGGAGAAACAGAUGAUUAAAGCCCCUAGUUUUCUGCAACUGGAAUCAGAAACGUGUACAAGGGAUCCAGAAUCUUGCCCAUACAACUGGGAUACACUUCCAAAUGCAUGUGUAGCUCCAAGUGGUUACAGAAGACUCUUUAGAGGGUGUUUUAGUACCAUUAAAAAAGGACAAGAAGUCAGUGAACACUGCCGAGUGUCAUAUCCCUGCAAAAGUUGCCAAGAAGAUUUUACCAGACAACCAUGCCCCCUCGGUUGGAAAUUUGUAAAGGAGGUCGAUGGAGACAUGAUACGAACAAUUUGCAAGGCUCCAAUAGGUCUAAAAGGCUACAGACACACGGAGUGUGGUAGUAAGGUCGAUUUUACCAACAUUUCUCCAUCGUACAAGCGCCACUGGACCUUUGUUUGCGGAGCUAAAUUCCCAUGCAUGGAUGAGUUUCCAAAUUCACGAUGCGUGGAAAACUAUUUUGGACCCUGUCCAUCAGAAUGGACCUCUGAAGAUUCUGUGUGUCAUGCACCUGAGCAUUACAAGGGAGGCUGUGAAACUAGUAUACCAUUUGCCUCGCUAUCUACGCCGGAAGUCAAACAGGCGUUCAGCAUUAGAUGCAAUGCUCCCUGGCCAUGUGUGGACAAUUGUGAAAAGGACUAUUCUGGAGCUUGUCCCAAGGAUUGGACCCUUGACGGAAACUCAUGUACAGUAAAUGGUCACGACAGGGGACUCUGCGAAGGUAGGAUCGAGAUUCCAUCUCUUGAAACCUGGAGCGAAGGAUGCAAGCAGGAAACAGAGUUUAGGUGCAAAGUAUAUUGGCCCUGCAAAAAUAUCGCAUAG